AUGUCCAACCUCAACAUCACCAAUGAUGGCCUGGUAGACCUCGAUUAUGACCCGAGACAGUACCUCCAGGCCCAAGGGUGGCAGUUGCCCGUCGACCAGAACGCGAAUGCCCACGUCCACGCCCAUACUCAUCGAUCAGAUGGCGCGCGAGACAUUUCGCCUCUCCAAACUAGCAGUCACACCUUUGACCAGACUUUGCCAGCAGAUGCGAACCUGAUCUCCGACUGGCCGGCCUUCCAACAACCCCUCCACGGCCAUCUUCAGUAUUCCCAGGUCGAGACAACUGCUCCUCAGUUUGCAUCCAGCUUCGGCGUUUCGUUGCACACAUCGCCUGUCGACUUGCUCCCAGUCUCACAAGCACCUUUGGACACAAGAGGCCUACUCGAUGGUCAAUACCUCGCCAUGUCGGCCCCUGUCGACGUCAUGCCAUUCACCUACCCUGAUUUCCAGGAGCUCAUGACCUUUCCCAAUGGCCUGCCUGAGAUGACAUCGUACGGAGCUCCGCCAGCUGUCCCAGAGAGCAGUUCUCCCACAGACACCUAUCUCGAGGUGCGAUCCUUGACGAGUUCAAGCAGUGACAAUGGGUGGGCGACAGUCGAUCACCGCCAGAUCGAUCACUUCCCAGAACAGGGCAUCUUCAUCAACCCGACCCAGACGCUACACGACCGAACCUUGUCUGAGUCGUCGUAUUCGGAUUUCGAGCCUAAUCGAGCUUCAUGGAGUGGUAGCUGGGUGGAUGUUCAGCACCCAAUCAAUUCCCCAGGCUCCGACUCUAACCUCGAGUCUGUGUACAACCCAUCGGCUGGCCGAAGAAUCUCCCUUGAUCACGCCUCGCAUGGAUCUGUUUCGCCAACUGCUGUUAGCCCAAUUGCCAUUGUGCGGCCAAUUCCAGUUCCCUCCAAGAAAUCUUCCUCCCCCACACACUCACUGGGUUCACAGUCGUCCCCCUCCUCUUCUACUUCUCCUCCUGCUAGGAAAAACUCUCGCAAAAGUCCGAUUGCUGCGAAAACUGCCGAAACCAAGGUACGAAAACAAUCACAGGCCGGAAAACCAGAGAAUGUCGAGAAGCGUAUUGGAAAGCGAAAGGGUCCUCUCAAACCAGACCAAAGGAAGCAGGCUAGUGAAAUCCGAAAGUUGCGCGCUUGUUUACGGUGCAAAUUUCUUAAGAAGACUUGCGACAAGGGCGAACCUUGUGCUGGCUGCCAACCUUCCCAUGCUCGAUUGUGGCAGGUGCCUUGUACUCGAAUUGAUAUCAAGGAGAUUGGGUAUUUUAUGAAGGACUGGAAGGCAGAUUAUGAGCGUCACAUCACAAUGGGUUUCUCUGUCGGAAAUAUCAAAGGGUUCUCUGAACACGAACGAACACUCUUUGUCACUCAUGGCUAUGGUCAAAUCAUGCCCAUCAAUGCCCGUGAGGUUUAUGUCCGGGAUGAAGAAUGCUUCAACAUGGACUGGGUAGAAGAUGUCGAGCGCGAUUUGAGCCAAUUUGAGGUGUCGACCAUGAAACUGUCUGCUGGCAUUGAAGGUAUCUCACCAGCGAUGUUAUCCGACUACCUCGAUCGUCAUAUCGAUGGUAAUGGAAGCUUCGAGAAGUUUGUUGAUGACUACUUCGAUGGCACUCCCUUCCUUACUGAGUUGUUGAAGACUGCAUUCCGGUACUACUUCCGAACCAAGCUACCGGUUAUCCGCAAGGCUCUGAAGCUUAUUCUCGCCUACAAUCUCACUCUUCAUGUUACCAUGGUGGAAGGCAUUGGUGAGGAAGAGGGCUUCCUCGGUAAGAUUGAAGGCGAGAGCUCGAAAUUCCGGGGGAAAAUAAUGGCUCCAGUUAUGAUCAACUUCCAGAUCAAAUGCGCCAUGGCUGCUAUGUGGCGUGAACUGCAAAAGGACGUUUUGGAGGAGCUCUCUGCUCUUUACUCGAGCGUGUACAGUGGUGAAAAGUUGAAGAAUUGGCCAACCAUUUUCCUCCUCGCGUCCAUUUUACUAGCUGUCUGGGAGGAAAUGCAAUUCGAUUGCUACUACCGCGUUCCGGACGCCGCCGCUGUGGAGAAAUUCUGUUAUGACAUGGAAUCUACUCCUGUUGGUGUGAUUGUCGGUCUUUUCCAGGCCAUUUCGCAGAAACUCCCUUCAUUCGCAGACUGGGAAACAGGCAAACACCACCAUCUGCUGAACUCGAACCCUGAUGUGUGUCAAACCAUGACCGAGGUUCGACAUCAUGUCACGCGCCACGAUACCUACCUCCGUACCCGGUCUAGCUCAAAGUUCAACCGGCAUGACUUUGACUGCCUGUCGAACAAGUUCCUCUCUCGACUAGCUAUUCGUGCGAAUUGA